GUCACGAAAUUUGAAAUGUGGAUUGCUGUCGAUAACCUAAGAAAACAAAGUCUGCUGGAUAAAUUGUCGCAGCCAGUAUUUGCUGCUUUUAAAAAUAAAUUGUGCUCCUGCCGUAGCACGUUACUAACAACCUACGCUGCCUUUCUUUUCGACCUUUGGCUGUUUUCCAUCGGGUUAUGGCUGCGUUGGAUGAGCAAGACUUUGUGUCCGUGGCCGAUGAGAAGUUUGACUUUGACAUUUCACUUUCACCUGCGAGUUCUAAAGGAGAAGAGGAUGAAGAUGAAGUCUUUGUUGGUCCAAUCCAGCACAAGGAGCGCUGCAUUGCCGUUGGCGUGGAGGCGCAGCUGAAGGACAGCAUCAGCAGUGGUCCAUCGGUGGGGGAAGAGUCCAGCUGGAGUCCCCUCACAGUGGACAACUUUGACGAGAUCAGCAAGGAGGCCCAGCUGGUGGUCAGCCACUUGGACAGCAGCCUGCAUGGGUCGUCCAGAUCCCAGGAGGCUCGCCUCGAGGAGGAGGCCGAAUUCACUCCAGCUAGGGAGAGAUUUGCAGCAGAAAGUGCUGCCAAACGGAGGCUCAGCCCCAUCAAAAGGGAGACAUUUUGUAUUCAGGACAGUCCGCUGAAGCAGCUCCCGCCUGCCAUCCAGCAGCGUCUGAUGAAGGUGAAAGGGUCCGGUGCUGGGGCUGGGGCUGCAACUGGCCCUGGCAAACCUCGCCUCAGCACCUCCAGCCCCAUCAGGCAGCCUGGCGUUGCAGCCCUGCCCAGGAUGGCGCUCAGGAGCAAGACCGGGCUGCAGGGCCUCGGGCUGCUGCCCAGCAGACCUACUGUCCCAGCGGCCACACAGACGCCUGUUAAAAUGAGGCCUGCUCCACCAGACAAACACAAGCUGCAACCUCCAGCCAGAGGUAACUUGGGCCCAAGACGCAGCCUGAGCUGCAGAGCGUCCACCAGAAUGGGCUCCACUGAAGAUCUUCUUUCAGACUCCGCUAGCGUCACCUCAGAUGUCAGCGACACCUCACUCAACACCAGCCUGACUGGGAAGAGAAGUAUCUGUCCGCCCUGCAAGCCUGCACUCAGAAGACCGUCCUCAGUCAGGGCUCCUGUUGCUCAGACGCAAAGAGCGGUGGACAGAAGGAGGAACACGUCAUCCUCCUCUUCCUCGGUGUCCAGCAUCAACUCCAGCACCACUGCGUCUCCCAAAGUGAAGCUGAAUUCCUCACUGAACUCUAGUGGCCUCUGUGUCCCUGCUGUCCCUGCUGCUGCCGCCACCGCCGCCAAGUCCCGUCGCUCAUCAGUCAUGAGUCGAGCCCCAGAGCUGCCCGCAGCCGGCCGCAGGUCCAUCUCCGUCCAGAGCCGGAAGCCCUCGGAACCUCUCACCCGACCUGUCAAGUCCACUCCCUGCAAGAAACCUGACCCCACCCCUGUCCCCACCCCCCGCCAGACUCCAGCACGGCGUAGCAUCGCGCCCGCGUCCAGCGUCUCCAGGGCGGAGUGUGCGGUCAAAGGCAGCUCCAGACUGACUGGUCUCAUCAGCGCAACGCCCACAAAUCCCUCAAAAGGACCCAAUCGAUCAGAAGUUCCAGCAUUUGCAUCUCCGGAUGGCCCACGGAUAAUGAAGCCAAAACGGUUAAUGUCAGCUUGCAGUAUGGAAAAUUUAGCACUGAAACCAGGACACCCUGCUGGACUCCAGACGCCCUCUGCUGACAGAGAUAAGUUAUUGCCUCCGUCCAAGAUGAGAAGACUGUCUGCACUGCCCACCCCAAGCGGCCGCCGUGUUUCUGCUGCCCCCAUACAGACGCCCAAGAGUGCUGCCCAGCCCAGAUUUCUCCAGAGAACAGAGUCCUUACACGCCCCCUCCAGGAAGGCCCUUUUAAAGAGUCCAUCACAAGCGGAGGAGAUUCUGCUCGGCCCCCAGGAUGCUAUGAAGGCGGAGUCCAGUGAUGACCCUGCUGGUGUGGACAGGCCAGAGCUCGGCGGCUCCCUCAUCGUCUCCCUGGAGACGGACGCCGAGUCCCAGACAGCGCCACCCUCUGACCCGGCCCCAGAGGUCCCUGAGCCGGUCAACGAGCCGGUCAGCAAGCCGGUUGAGCCGCUUCUGGUGAACAUUGAGCCCCAGUCAGUCCCAGAGGAGAAGACCAAUGACCAGACUCAGCUGGACGUAACCCAGGGCCAGAAGAUGACAGAGGUCCUACUGAUGGAUCUGCCGGCUCCUACACUGACCCCUGAUGAGAAGCUCCUCAUUGACCUGUCCAACACCCCCGACCUCAUCAGAACAACCUCCAUCAAGGCCACUGGACAUCAGUUAAUUGACCUCAGCUCACCGCUCAUAAAAUGGAGUCCUGAUGACAAGAAGGAAAAUGUGGUGAAUGAAGCUCCGCUAAUAGACUUGUCCUUCUAACUGGCGCAUGAGGCGCGGCUGAUAGACUUGUCCCUCUAACUGGCGCAUGUGAUACAAAGAGCUCUUAGUUGAUCAAGAUAUUCUGGGAAAAAAGAUACAGUAUGAAGAUGCAGUGGCUUUUAGUUUGACACCAUGUGGUUCACCUUUUAAUGAAAAUGCAGAUUACUGUACUGUCAGUGCAAUAUUUUACUGUGAGCAAUUUCCAAUAUUAUUGCAGGUACAGCCUUUUGAUUUAUUUGUCUGUGUGUCUGUUUAUGUCUCUGUGCUGGUUGCCUUGAUUUCUCUGAAUGUGCAAAUAAAUGUUAAGA